AUGCCACCAAAGAAGAAGCCUGCUCAAACACCCGCUCAAACACCUGCCCAAACACCCGCUCGGACACCUGCUCGGACAUCUGCUCGGACACCUGCUCGAACACCGCGUCAGCAGAGCAACACAUUGACGCCUACCGAAGUUUACGACGAGGAAGAGAACGACUUUAGCAUCAACGUCCAUGCCAGUCUUAUGGAAGACGACGAGAUCAGCAGCGGAGAUGAAGAUAUCGCAGCCAAUAUCCCACAGGGAUGUGCCGUUAGCGACGACGAUCUACUUGAUGACCUGAGCCCUACCGACAUCGAGGCGCUCGUCCAGCGGCUUCUUCCUGGCAUUUGCCAGCAAGAUGUCCAAGACUUCCUAGCCCAGAUUACUACACACAAUUCGCCGCCCUUUACCAUACCACGCCACGAGCGAGAGCCUAAGAGCUGGCCCUCGACGUACGAAGAGUCGGACCUGUUGUGGGAAGAGGGAGCCAAGGCUGAGCGAGCAAUCAAGCUACCUGUCGGAACCAAUAUGCCGAAGUGGUUGGACACGUCAGAGGAUCAGCUAGUCAAGUACACAGGGAGCAUCCAAGACAGCCUGGUUCUAAUCACAUCGUAUCCAACAGUACGCGUUGGCAGUACGGUGCACGCCUCCUACGGGACGACGAUGGACCUCUCUAAUAUAGCGAUGUUAAUGCUUUACGCGAAGUUGGGACUGCACCUAAAGUCAUUCCGACCGACCGGCGCCCUCCACAUCAACGCUUUCCCGCGUCGCGUCAACAGAAAGACUGUGCCAACAGGCCAAAAGAUUUUGGAGAAGCUUCCGGCUGUCCUACGGAACUACUGGCAGUGUGUCGCGCAAGAAUGGCUGGCAAGAUCGCAGGCAAAGAUCGCCCUACUUGUCGGAGCGGCUGCAGUCACUACCUAUCUGUCAUAUCUAGACGUGAACGAUGUUCAGCACCAGCAAAUAUGGUUGGCUGAUGGCAACAAUGAGUACCAAUCAAGCAAGACACCACCGUGUUGGAUCGAAUACAACAAGGACAACAAUAUCAAACGCAUCGCAUUCUCAGUUCCGCACCCUGAGUAUUUCAACCGUUACCGCGGCACUGUAGUCACUCACACGAUGAGAGCUAAUGCGCUUAAAGAGCGUUUCAUUGAUUACGCGAUGGUGAAGGUCUGGGGUACGGCACACCUGCAAGGCUUUCUUAGCUCGACAAAGUACCGAUUUCAGACCACAACGGGUAUCAUCCUGCGCAUGUCUGAUUUCGAGAACUACGGCGCAGACAACACCACACUUCGCAAGAUUCUCAGUAUCCCCAACUUAAGCAACGCCACCCUUAACGUCCUCCUCACCGGCUACAAGAAGAUAAGCAAAGAGGAGGUUGAAGGGAUCAAGGCGAUGCGGAGGGCCAUGGACGUCGAACUCACGGAGAAGUCAUCAUACUGGGAUGGAGCGGACGUCGUCUCGAAGUACGGCCACCACGCAUUCACGUUCAAAUUGAUCGCAGAGCGGCGGGAGGGGCCGAGGGAAUCUACCAAGCCCAAGACGCAACCCCUUGCAUUAUCGCUGUAUGAAAUUGAAGGACACCCCUUCCUCAAAAGAUAUAACACCACGGUUUCGGACCUUCUCGCGAAGGAAGAUAUCAAAAAGCAGAAAGCGUGCGCGCGGAGGAGGAAGAGGAGAGCAGUUGAGAUGGAGGGUGAGGACAAAGAGAACGCCGAGGACAGCUAUCAAACACCGAACUUGACGCCUUUGAGAAAGAGAGUCGCAAGCAUUUAA